UCCCUAAUGGAAGAGCUACAGCGCGAGAAAGAACAUGUUGUUAAGUAGGCUGAAGAGAUGCGCCAAACAAACGGUAGCGGUGCAUCUGUAUUUGGCUCUACCAGUACUAGUGCCAUUGUCUUAACAGAUUUCAGCUACGCGGAAAUAAAAGAAGCGACAAACAACUUUGACGCCUCCAAAAAGAUAGGGGAAGGUGGGUGUGGAAGCGUCUACAAGGGAUUUCUCCGUCAUACUACUGUAGCCAUAAAGAAACUGAACAGUGAAGGUGCAAGAGGAGAUCAAGAGUUCAAUGAUGAGGUAGAAACACUCUGUGGGAUGAGGCAUCCGAACCUUGUCACUCUGAUAGGAGCGUGCAGGGAGGCCAGAGUGUUGGUCUUCGAGUUCUUUUCAAACGGAAGCCUAGAGGACUGUCUGCAGCGCGAGAACCGAAGAGAGGCACUCUCAUGGCGAAUGCGCGUCAGAAUUGCUGCAGACAUUUGCACGGGACUUAUCUUUCUCCACUCCAACAAACCAAAAGGCAUCGCACAUGGUGAUCUCAAGCCUGACAAUGUCCUUCUCGACGCCAACUUUGUUUGCAAACUGGCAGACUUUGGGAUCUCUCGCCCCUUGAAUGUCACAAACACCACUAUCACCCCUUACCACCGAACAAACCAACUCAAGGGCACAAUGGGAUACAUGGAUCCAGCAUAUAUUGCCUCAGGGGAGCUCACGACACAAUAUGAUGUCUACUCCUUUGGAGUAGUGCUGAUGAGAUUGCUAACUAGCAAGAGCCCCCUAGGCCUUCCACAUCUCGUGGAGGCAGCAUUAAGAAAAGAUAAGUUGGAAGACAUAAUCGAUACUUCUGCUGGGGAAUGGCCACCUAAGUACACUAAAGAGUUGGCAAAACUAGCACUGAGAUGUUGUCGUUAUGAACGAAAGGAGCGGCCUGAUCUCGGAAAGGAGGUCUGGGAUGUCUUGGAAGCUAUGAUGAACUGCCCAGACGAUAAAUGCAAGCCACCAAAGUUUCUCAUAUGUCCAAUAACACAGGAGAUCAUGAAGGAUCCACACAUUGCUGCCGAUGGAUACACGUACGAAGGUGCGGCCAUCAAGCGCUGGUUUAAAAUGGGGAACAAAAUGUCCCCCGUGGCCCGCGUCAGCUUCGCGAACCAUGAGUUGAUACCAAACAACGCCCUCCGCUUUGCAAUUCAAGAAUGGAAAAAGCGACAGCAACCAUGAUUUCUUAACCUCGGAUUUUAUUUGUGUUAUGAUGCCAUCAUGUUUAUGACUCGAAGCAAAUAAAAAAUGACUCCAAGUGUGUAUGGACGGCCUGGACUGUAAGGAGUAUUAGCAUUAAGUCUGGGAGUCCUAUUAGGCUAUAUUUUAUGUCCUUGUAUCCCAUGUCUUGUGUAAACAUAUGAAAACUCAUGUGUACUCCUGGGAGUAUGUA